GUUUCCCUUGCGGAGAGAGGACAGCAUCGUUUUUGCAGACAAUACAGUUGCUGUGCAUUCAAAAGGUGUUUGAAAGGAAUAAAAAGAGGGGAUUCAGGCUGUGAAUGCGGAGAUCUGAAGCUCCAGAAAGGCGCUUUUGUGUGAGCAUGGGCGGUGUUUCCCGUCUGCGCUCGUCCGGAGGAAAGAAAAAAGCUUCCAUAUGGGGGGAGAUUCAUGCAAACUCAGGAAAUAAGUCGACUGCAUGCAUGAGCCCGCUCUCACCGCUGGAUAUUUAAAACAGAGAUUCAAUUGUACGCUGAUUUCUGCCAGAUUUCCACUCGUAUUUUUUUUUCUUUCGUGCAAAUAAGAUGCAGCGGAGCAUCCCGGAACGAGGUGAUCCAUGAACCCGGGCAGCGACGCUCUCCUCCCGGGCUGGAGACGGGCCAGCAGGUCGGGGCAGCUCCGGCUGUUGACGGAUUAUUAAAAAAAAAAGGGAAUCGUCCUGCUCGCCUCCUCGCCUUGAGAUCAAAACACGAUGUGCGGACAAACAGUGGAUCCCGUCUCCAUCACCCCAACGCUGCACCGCACCACGGGACAGGAGAUGUGGGUUUAGGUGACUUCUUCAUGUCCCGUCUCCCUUCAAGGAAAGGUGAGACAGAGGCUCAAAGACAUGGAUAAACUCACCGUGAUUUCAGGAUGUCUCUUCCUCGCUGCAGACAUCUUCGCCAUCGCCAGCAUCGCCAACCCGGACUGGAUCAACACUGGAGAAUCAGCUGGCUCUCUGACUGUGGGUCUGGUCAGGCAGUGUCAGACCAUCCACGGCCGAGACCGGACCUGCAUCCCCCCGCAGCUUCCCCGGGAGUGGAUCACCACGCUGUUCUUCAUCAUCCUGGGCAUCAUCUCCCUCACCGUCACCUGCGGUCUGCUGGUGAUGUCACACUGGCGCCGCGAGGCCACCCGAUACGCCCGAUGGAUCGCCUUCACGGGGAUGGUCCUGUUCUGUAUGGCUGCUCUCAUAUUCCCGAUCGGCUUCUACAUCAACGAGGUCGGAGGACAGCCGUAUAAGCUGCCCAACAACACCGUGGUGGGCUCCUCCUACGUUCUCUUCAUUCUGUCCAUAUUCUUCACCAUCGUGGGACUGCUGUUUGCUGGAAAGGUCUGCCUGCCCGGCUGACGGAUCCUCCUCCUCUUCCUCUUCCUCCUUCUUCCUUUUUGGAAUCCUUGGAGAAACACCAACGCAGCCGGAGACAUAUUUUAAUAAAACGGACUCUUCCGUGGCAGCGUUGAGACUCAGAAACGCCUGUUUGUGUUUUUCUUUGUGGACGAUGACUGGAGCUGAAAGCGGCGCGAUCCGUCCAACUCGGCAGGUGCAGAGAUCCCUGGAAUGGUCCUCAUCUGGCGAAUAGAUUCCAGGAUGCUACAAAAUAUGACUGACAUGGGUUUAAAACAUCAAGACUUUCAAGGAUCAAUGACCGUAGACAGCCGUUGGCCCGUCGCCUCCAAUAUGAUGGAGGCUCUUCCCUACUGCAAGUAAUGACCUGUAACAUACACAAUAGAGUUCCAUUACUUGGCACAUUUGACUAUUUAUUUAACUGUUUAGUUACACUAUUUGUAAAUGUAAUUUUCAAAAGGCCUAAUGUACGCCAGAGUUUGCCUGCCAUCGGUAUGUGUGGUGGAUCCCGUUGCCUUAAAGAUCUGCUGAGUUUCAGUCAGUUGACGGCGUUUCAGAAAUUCUGGACACACGAACUCGUUAAACAUCGAAUGUAAAAGGGGCUGAAUUUAUGACUUGUUUGUUGUUUUAUACAUAUGGAGUAUUGAUGCCUACAUUUCUGUGUAAAUGAAGAGGAAGCGUGUUUGUAUCAUCAGCUAGAAGCACUGUGAUGUUUGUGAAUGAGCAUGGAAGGUGUCAUCUCAUUAAAAAUGACUCAGUGAGGUA